UGGCAAUUUUGGUGGUUAUUUGUGAUGUUAAAUUUAGUAAGGACAUCCCGUUUCAUUUUGCCCCCAAUCAAACAAUUUCUGACAUCUCCAAACGUUUCGAAUCAAAAUGCAUUUCGAGGAAUUUUCGGAAACUUCCAAAAAACGAAUUUCAAGUUACCACCAUCGGCUCGUCAAUCCGGGACGAUUUCGUUACGUUUAAAAUCGGAUUCUUCAACGAAAGGAAAAAAAGCUGUUGGAUAUUGGUUGAUGACUUGCGGAGGAAUGGUUUUUGGGGCCGUAGUAUUAGGUGGAGUAACUCGUUUAACCGAAUCUGGACUUUCCAUGGUAACUUGGAGGUUAUUAGGUGAAAAGAUGCCUCGGAAUGAACAAGAAUGGAUUGAUGAAUUUGAAAAAUAUCAACAAUACCCCGAAUUUAAAAUAAAAAACAAAGAUAUCACAUUAUCCGAUUUUAAAUUUAUUUGGUACAUGGAAUUUACUCAUCGUAUGUGGGGAAGAGCAAUAGGAGCAAUAUUUUUAUUUCCCGCUGCAUAUUUUUGGUCGAAAGGUUACUUUUCUGGCCCAAUGAAGUUUCGCGUUCUUUGUUUUGGCGGAUUAAUAGCUGCUCAAGGUUUAAUGGGAUGGUACAUGGUUAAAUCAGGAUUAGAAGAUCGUUUUCAUUCCCAAAGCGACGUUCCAAGAGUAUCACAAUACCGUUUAGCAGCACAUUUAAGUUUAGCACUUAUUUUAUAUACUUUGUUCGCCUGGUCGGCUUUGGAUCAUUUAUUACCGGCAAAAACGAUAACGUUUAAUUCAAAAGAAGUUUUAAUCGCCGCUAGGAAGUUUAGAAUGUUUGCUCAUUCUUGUAAAGGAAUGGUGUUUUUAACGGCGUUGUCGGGGGCUUUUGUGGCUGGAUUAGAUGCUGGAUUGGUGUACAAUUCGUUCCCAAAAAUGGCUGAUAAAUGGAUUCCUGAUGAUUUAUUAGUUUAUGAACCAAAAAUGACGAAUGUUACUGAAAAUCCGACUACGGUGCAAUUUAAUCAUCGAAUAUUAGGGACCACAACUGUCAGUUUAAUCAGUAUUUUAUGGGUUAUGUCAAAGAAGAGGAUUUUACCCCCUCGAGCUUAUAACGCUGUUAAUGCUUUAGUUGUAAUCGCUUGGCUUCAGGUCGCUUUGGGAAUUUCAACUUUAUUAACUUACGUUCCAACAAGUUUAGCGGCGAGUCAUCAAAGUGGAUCAUUAAUUUUAUUAUCAACGGCUGUUUGGUUGACGCACGAAUUAAAAAAGUUACCAAAAGUGUAAGUUUUUAUUUUUUAAUUAAUAAGAAAUUGUUACAAUAAAAAAUCAAACGGUUUUAUUUUAAC